GUAUGUAACAAGCUUCAGUGUCACAUCUCUGCGCUAUAUAGCGGAGUAUUUGGGUUUGUUCUGCAUUAAACAAUUCUACCGCACUGUCUUUGUUAACCCCUUUAUAAUGGACGUGUUGAUCGCUUUACAGGCAAACUUUUGGCCUGUAUUUAUUACUGCUGCUGUUUUAUUUUUAAUAUGGAAGAGUCGCGGUAAAGAAAAUCAGCCUAAGUUUGGAAGACUGCCUCCGGGUCCCACUCCUGCACCUGUGGUUGGGAAUUUUUUUCAGAUUAAUGUAAAGGAACCGUACAAGUAUUACCUUGAGGGUUGGGGGUUCGAUUCCCACUGUAGCCCUGUGUGUACGGAGUUUGCAUGUUCUCCCUGUGCUGCGGGGGUUUCCUCCGGGUACUCCAGUUUCAUCCUCAGUCCAAAGACAUGCAUGCUCAGUAAAAAGCAUGGAUCUGUUUUCACCCUUUGGUUUGGAAACAGUCCUGUUGUGGUGAUCUCUGGAUACUGUGCCCUGAAAGACACCAUGAUUGGCAUGGGUAAUGAGUUUAGUGGCAGGGCAAACUAUCCCCUUUUAAUGAAGGUCACUAAUGGAUAUGGUGUUUUGGUCAGCAGUGGGGAAAGAUGGAAGCAACUUCGGCGGUUCUCUCUGUCAACCCUGAAGAACUUUGGUAUGGGUCGGCACACCAUCGAGGACAAGGUGAAGGAGGAAGCCAGCUGUCUUGUGCAAACUAUUGGUACAUUUGGAGACUCUACAUUCAAUCCAACACACUUGAUAAAAAAAGCAAUUGGUAAUGUUAUCUGCUCAAUCAUGUUUGGGCAGAGAUUUGAAACCAAUGACCCACAGUUUAAACUUAUGAUUGAAGCUAUUGAUGAUUACUUCAGCAUUCUAAGUAGUCCACUUGGGCAGGCCUAUAAUAUUUUUCCCAGAAUUGUGGGCCUUUUUCCUGGACAGCUCCAUGACAUGUUUUCAAAAGUGGAAAAGGUCAAAGGUUUAUUUAAGCUUGAAGCAGAGGCACGGAUGAAGACCUUGGAUCCCUCUUCACCCCCUAAAGAUUUCAUUGAGGCUUUUCUUUUACAAAUGGAAGCGGAGAAACAUAAGCCUAAUACAGAAUUUCAUUUGAAUAACCUGUUGAACACAACAUGGUCCAUGUUUAGUGCUGCCACUGAGACUACCUCUUCUACAAUCAGACAGAGUCUGCUGCUAAUGAUGAAGCACCCAAAUAUCCAAGUACGAGUCCAGAAGGAGAUUGAUGAGGUGGUGGGGCGAGACAGGUGCCCUUCCAUCAGUGACAGACAGAACAUGCCAUAUACAGAUGCAGUCAUUCAUGAAGUUCAGCGCAACAUGGAUAUUGCUCCUACUGCUGUUCCACAUAAAAUGUUUAAUGAUACUGAGUAUAAGAACUAUCUCAUUCCCAAGGGAGCCAUGGUUCUUCCUUUGCUGUCUUCUGUGCUUUCUGACCCUGAGCUAUGGAAGAACCCUGACAAUUUUGACCCAGAGAACUUCCUGGAUGAAGAGGGACAAUUCAAAAGAAGUGAUGCAUUUGUUGUGUUUGGAAUGGGGAAGCGGGCCUGUUUGGGUGAAGCUCUGGCCCGAGUGGAACUCUUCAUUAUGUUCACUUCCCUCCUUCAGCGCUUCACCUUCAGGGCCACUCAGCCACUUGAAGAGAUUGACACCACUCCUGCCGUUUGCAGCUUUGGCCGUCUACCUCGUUCCUAUGAGUGCUAUGCUGUGCAUAGGACAUAAACAGCCAACAGCUCCCAACCCCGCUUACAGCUACAAACAAUCAAGCAUAGAUUCUCACAGGGUCUUCAUACUUGCAUAUAAUGUGAGCAUGUCCACAUGAGGGCAGUGUCACCUGAACUAUGCAUGAAUUGAUAUAUUUUAUAGUAGAAAAUUAUGAACUUUUUGAUUCAUUAUGAUUAUAGAUAUUCUGCAUAUGUAUGUAUUCAAAUCUCAAUUUAAUUGUAAGUAUUUUAUAGUUUAAAGGAAGUUAAACUGAACACUGUAUUACCUGCAUUUCUAGCCUUUCCAUUACUAACAUUUCUAAGCUGACAGUCUGCAAACUUGGGCUUGGAAACAAACCUGAGAACUUUCUCCAUAAAAAGUAAUGACAUAAUCCACCAUUCAAGUCGAUUAAUUUGAUUUGUUAAUCUAAUUAAGUAUAAUGAAACAUUCAGAUAUUUGUUGCCAUUUCUAAAACAAGGUUCUGUUAAUAGGCAAAUCCAUGUUCAGAGUCAUAAAUACAUGAUUUAUAUUUAUAUUCUAGUUAAUAUUAAUUUAUUUACAUUUACAUUUAUUCAUUUAGCAGACGCUUUUAUCCAAAGUGACUUACAAAUGAGAAAAUAUACCUUUCUCAUUUGUAAGUCCUUAACUUACCUUAACUUUUGCUGUGCAUAUUUAUUACAAUCAUUAUGAAUUUAUAUUCAUAAUGAAUGUAAUAAAUAUGCACACCAAAAGUUAAGGUAUCAAUAAUUAUGAAUACAAACAUCUGACACAUCUUCACAAUGGUUCACAUGGCCCAGUGCAGGUGUGUCUAAUCCAUUCAGCAUUUGCUUGUGGGCUGAAAUGUAACAAUAUGCCUUGCCCUUCUUUGCUCCUGGGUGAUGAUGCCGAAGGAGGGGAAUUUGUGUGGAGGCCGGAAGAGGGUCCAUGCUCAGGUGGAUGCCACUCUCCUCAGGAUAGUCCACCUGGCAUGGCUGGUCUUCAUGUUCUUGAAGUCCAGUAGCCCCUUGUAGCAUGUGGCUGCUUGUGGUGCGUUGUUCAUCCAGGGUGCUAAUUCCCAGCUUCAAACAAUGCCACUUUUUCUUAAUUUCUGACUGCACCUGGUAUUAGAAAUACAAUGCAGAGAGAGGUGUGAACUAUAGAAAAGAUAUAACUAUAGAAAGAUUACUUGUAUGUCUCUAUUUUAAUCUUGAUUUACAUGUGCUAAAAGCACCCCUAUUAUGCUACAUAAAAGUGCCUAAUUUUGUUUUAGAGGUCUCAUCCGAUAGGUUUACAUGCAUCCAAGGUCAAUAAACACUUACAUUUUCUCAUA